AUGGGUUCAGCGGUUGCCGGAUGGCGUGUAUCGGUGGCGGUGGGCGUGGCGCUGGCAGUGCUGGUCUUCCUGGUGUGCGCGUGGGAGGUGAGCGCCGGCGAUGACUACUACGGCCUGCUGGGACUCGACCGAAGCGCAUCCGAUGCUGACAUUAAGCGAGCCUACAAGAAGCUGGCCCUCAAGUGGCACCCCGACGUCUACAAGGGAGCUGAUCAGGAGGAGGCCAAGAAGAAAUUCCAGAAGCUCUCUCACGCCUACGAGAUCUUGAAGGACAAGGAGAAGCGCGGCAUCUACGAUCAGUACGGUGAGGAGGGUCUCAAGCAGCAGGCUGGCCAGCGAGGCGGCGGCGGCUUCACCGAUCCCUUCGAUCUCUUCAACUCCUUUGGCUUCGGCUUCCCUGGUGGCCAGCGCGGCCAGCGUCACGAAGAGGAGCGCGUCGGGCCGCCUCUGCACGUCGACCUGGAGGCCACGCUGGAGGACCUCUACAACGGCCGCACGCUCACAGUGACCCAGAAGAAGCAGGUCCUCUGCCACCGCUGCCGCGGCACCGGCGCGGAGAACCCCGACGAGGUCACCAAGUGCCCCGUGUGCGGCGGCUCGGGCGUUCGGCUCAUCACCCAGCAGCUGGGUCCCGGCUUCAUCACCCAGACGCAGACCACUUGUGACAAGUGCGGCGGUAAGGGUAAGAUCGUUAAGGGCACCUGCCCCGUCUGCAAGGGCCACAAGGUGGAGAGCGGCGAGGACACCAUCACCGUCAUCGUCGAGAAGGGCAUGCGCGAGGGCCACGAAAUCAGCUUCCAAGGCGAGUCGCACGAGCACCCCGAUUACCAGCCCGGCGAUCUCGUGUUCAGGAUCAAGACCAUUCCCCACGCUCGCUUCGUCCGCAAGGAAAACGAUCUUUACAUGAACGCCACCAUCAGCCUUCUGCAGGCCCUCGUUGGCUUCAAGAAGACCUACAAGCACCUGGACGGACACGCCAUCACCAUCGAGCGCAGUGGCGUCACCAGGCCAGGCCUCGUCAUGACCGUGCCCGGUGAGGGUAUGCCCAUGUAUGAGGACUCGGAUCGAUUCGGUGACCUGCACGUCGAGUUCACGGUCAAGUUCCCCACCACCGUCACCGACGAGCAGAAGGAGGGUUUCAAGAAGCUCCUCAAGAAGGAGAAGAAGGAUGGUUCAUCCUCCGCUGCGGCCGAAUCGUCGACGUCCGACAAGACCGAGCUGUAG